GAGUGAAAGACCCCGUAGAUUUAGCUUGCAGCCGAGGUGGAGACCUGAGCGUUCUACAAGCAUUGACGGAAGCCGAUAUAAACGAAAAAGGCCGCGGACGAGUUUCAGAAAUUCUUCGCGAACAGCGGAACACUUUGAAGUUUGCAAUGUCUAGACCUCAGAUUCAAUUUGUUUUAUACGAAACUCAUUCUGCUUUGAAAACCGAAAAUGAUCAUAUGGUAGAACGUGUCGUGGAAGAGAUGAAUUGCGAUGCCCGAAAUAGACAUUUAGAGUUAGUUCAGAAAAACACUGACGGUGGUCCUGAUAAAGAGUUUCCUCCAUCGGGUAAGGAUACUCCUGCGCCUACAUCUACAACACCACUACCUGCGCACCAAAGAGAUGAAACAGAACUAAAACAAGAGCUCCACAAGAAUGAUUCUCAUUGGAGCAGAAGACCUCAAGUAGAAGACGCAACAAAAAGUAUAGAAGUGCAGGUUCCCCUGACUGAUGUUUUUCAUGUAGCUGAAGUACCAGAUAUGCCCGAAGGACUAAGCUGUGAGCAGUUACUCAAGGAGCACGGUUGCUUUUUGGCAAAUCUUCAGCGCAAAGAAGUUACUAAACUUGAUCACAAAUAUAUGAUAAAAAUGGCUGAAGCAAGAGGUUUGUUUGGAGAUGAUGGUGCGACAUCAACAAAGAAGGCCUCAAGUCGGCAGAAGCGACGCGAAGAUAAACUUAAGGAGGCAGCUGAAGCAGAGGCAAGGAGGUUGAGGAAAGCGAAAAAAUCAGGCGGAAUGAAUGUGGAAAGACUAAGCGCUCCUACUUACAAUACGAAUCUGAGGGACACAAUCAACAAAAUUCUUCGCGAGAAGAACAUGACACCAGCGUGUUGCGAGUUGCUGCAGGCCAAGCAGUGUGCACGAGCCAAGCAAAACCAGGGACAUCACCAGAGAAAGUUGCAACAGGCACCGUUUUUCACUGGAAGGGUUUACAAAGCGCACAGUUGCAUCGGAGAAGAGUGCGAAUCUUCCAAUUCUAUUUCAAAAACUCAUAGAAAGUUAAAUCACGAACAAGAACAAAAUUUAGUUCGACGAUUAAAUGAUAAUCCAGGACCUUCAGGUUUAAUACGGGAAAUUCGAAAGGAUGAAAAAAAGAAAGAGUUAACUCUAGAUUCCAGUGUAAAUGACUGUGUGGUCGAUCAUGCUGAAAUUUCAACAAGUUCUAGUACUCAGGAUGAUUUUGUAAUGCAAUCUAAUGAUCAUCAUGAUCAAGUUUCAGAUUCUGAGGAGAGCCACAACGAAGAAGUUAUACCAGAAGUCUUCGAUGUAAAGCAAUUUUAG